AUGAGCGUCCACUACAAAUUCAAGUCCGCCAAGGACUUCUCCACGAUCAAUUUCGAUGGCUCCUACAUUUCAGUCGGCGACUUGAAACGGGCCAUCGUGGAGCAGAAGAAGUUGGGCAAAAGUAUUGAAAACUUCGACCUCCAGAUCACGAAUGCACAAACCAACGGAGUCUUCGUGGCCAUCCUGCCACCCGCUUCUCCUCGUGCUGAUGGCGCCCACGGCUACUACUACUAG